AUGCUCCGAAUUUCAAUUGUUGUUCUUGUUGCGCUCAUUUCGGCUUCAGCAGCCAUCAGAUGCUUCUUCGGUCAACAGACAAUUGGAAACCAGAUAGUACCUACUUCUAAUCAACCAUUCCAAGAAAUGAACUGCCCUACCUCGGACUUCUGUUUCCAGAGUUAUGUCAGCAGAAACACAAAUGGAGAUAACAGUCAUACCAUAACCAAAAGUUGCGGAGAACCUGGAAAAUGCUUUGAAACAGGUUGUGAAGGACCGGGACAUGCCAAGCGAUGCUGCUGUACAGGCGAUUUAUGCAAUUCCAGCAAUGGGCUCAACCUAUCAAUUGUGGGAUCUUUAUUAGUUCUUUACAGAUUUUUCUAA